AGGGAGAGACUCACACCCGGCCCCCCUCCGACUUCAACUCCAGAGCCCAUGCUCCCCUGCUGCCCUCUCCAUGCAGAGGGAAAGUGGGGAUCCCAGGAAGGCUGGGGGAUUUGGAGCUCCCUUCCCACCCGUGUCCAGGAAAGAGGCUGAGUGGGGGGAGGGGAAGGUGGGAAGGAGAGAAACCGGGCGAGGAGGAGGCAGGAUUCGCACCAGGCUCCCCGAGGGCCCCAUCCUCAACAGCCCAGCCUGUGUCUGGAAGGGGAGAGAAGCAGGGCGGCCUCUCCAGCUGCCUCCUUCCCGGCCCUUCUCGGCGGGAACUCGGCCCUGCGUUGGGAUGAGCCGCUUGGGACUCCUGGAAGGUUGGGUGAAGGUUGUUCCGUGGCUGAAUUCCACUUUCUAAUUCUUAAUAUUUAUUUUUCUUUUCAUCUCAGGUACAGAAACUCGAAGACAUUUGAGAUCUUUGCAAGCCAAAAUUUUCUUUUGGGCAAAAAAAUAAAAAUAAAAAGAUCAGAAUCCCUUGCAGGGAUCAGUCCUGCAGCCCCAGAAAUGGUCCCGUGAAGGAAAAGGCACCUGGAGACCUACCAGAGUCCUUGGAGCCAUUUGGAGCUGCUCUGCAGGACAGAGAAAGGAUGGAGACACCACCUUUUGGAAAGGAGGGAGCCGGAAAAGGCCCUUCACCUGCUCAGCCUGGAAAGGGGGGGAAGCUCUGGACAAGGACUGGGCAGGAGAUCCUGGAGGAGGAAACUAUCCACCCUUCAGAAGUUAAACCCUGGAACUUCAUCCAAUACCCGGAGGUUGAGGGUCCCCGUGGACUUUGCAGCCGACUCCAUGACUUUUGUAGGCGAUGGCUGAGACCAGAAAAGCACACCAAAGCCCAGAUGUUGGACCUGGUUGUUCUGGAGCAGCUCCUCUUCCUUCUCCCCACAGAGAUAGAGGGUUGGGUGCGGGAGUGUGGAGCAGAGACCAGCUCCCAGGCAGUGUCCCUGGCGGAAGGCUUCCUCCUGAGCCAGGUAGAGGAGCAGAAGGAGCAGGUGGAGUUGCAGUGCUGCACUGUGGAGAUCAGAGAUCCUGAGAGAAUGAUGAAUCCAUCAAAUCCCCCUCAGGAGGUAUUUUUCAGGAGGAUCCCUUGGGAAGAUCAAAGUCAGGACACCUCAGGAGAGAAACAAAGCAUGAAGUUUUCUGGUUUUUAUGAUGGAGCUCAAACAGUGGUUGAACCGCCAAAUCAAGAGAGCAUUGUGUCCUUUGAUGAGGUGGCUGUGUAUUUCUCUGAGGAGGAAUGGUCUCAGCUGGAUCCUGACCAAAAAACGCUGCAUUCGGAAGUCAUGCUUGAAAAUCAUAGGAACGUAGUCAUGCUGGCUAAUAAUGGGCAGGAGAAUCAAGAUUCCUCUGAACUGUUCCAAGUGAUCAUUGUUAAAGAUGAAAUAGAGAACUUUGGAAUUCGAGUGGAACUAGAAACCCAUGAGAGAAACCAGUCAAAUGAUUGGAAUCAGGAAAGCUCAUCUUCCACUGUUGCUCCGAUGCAAGACUUUCUUGCUCAACAAGAGAAAAUAAGGAAAAAAUAUAUUGGGGAAAGUGUAAACGAACACUAUAUAACACAGAACUACGGAAAAGAUGCUAUAAGAAGACAAAAUUACAGUGGGACAUUCAUUAAUUCUCUUGGAAAUAACUUCCUUACAUCUCAAAACAUGUUUCACACAAAAAAGGAUCCUUAUAAAUCUUUGGAAUCUGAAAAACAUUUUAGAACUAGCGGGCAACUUACUUCCCAUGAAAAGAUUCACACUGGGGAGAAACAGUAUUCAGAAGCACAUGUAGCCCACACAGCCCAGGUCCUCCAGGCAGCAGGAGAGAAACCCUAUAAAUGCACGGAGUGUGGAAAAACCUUUACCAAAAAAAGUAAUCUUAUUUCCCAUCAGGUGAUCCACACAGGGGAGAAACCAUAUAAAUGCACGGAGUGUGGAAAGACCUUUGCUCAGCGCAGUUAUCUUGCUUCCCAUAAAAAGAUCCACACAGGGGAGAAACCAUUCAAAUGCAUGGAGUGUGGAAAGACCUUUGCUCAAAGUGGUCAUCUUUUUUCCCAUAAGAUGAUCCACACAGGGAAGAAACCAUAUAAAUGCAUGGAGUGUGGAAAGACCUGUUCUCGAAGAGGUCAUCUUAUUUCCCAUAUGAAGAUCCACACAGGGGAGAAGCCGUAUAAAUGCACGGAGUGUGGAAAGACCUUUGCUCAACGAAGUUCUCUUACUUCCCAUAAAAAGAUCCACUUGAAAGAGAAACCAUUUAAAUGCAUGGAGUGUGGAAAGACAUUUACUAGGAGCACUGCUCUUACUUCUCAUAAGAGGAUCCACACGGGGGAGAAACCAUUUGAAUGCAUGGAGUGUGGAAAGACCUUUUCUCAAAGAGGUACUCUUAUUUCCCAUCAUAUGAUCCACAUAGGGGAGAAAUAUAAAUGCAUGAAGUGUGGAGAAACCUUUAAUAAAAAAAGUAGCCUUAUUUUCCAUCAGGUAAUCCACACGGGGCAAAAGCCAUUCAAUUUCAUGGAGAGUGGAAAGACAGUUGCUCAAAGUGGUCAUCUUAUUUCCCAUAAGAUGAUCCACACAGGGGAGAAACGAUUUAAAUGCAUGGAGUGUGGAAAGAUGUUUACUAACACCAGUGCUCUUACUUCUCAUAAGAUGAUCCACACAGGGGAGAAACCAUUUGAAUGCACGGUGUGUGGAAAGACCUUUGCUCAAAGAGGUAAUCUUAUGUCCCAUCAGAUGAUCCACACAGGGGAGAAACCAUUCGAAUGCAUGGUGUGUGGAAAGACCUUUGCUCAAAGAGGUAAUCUUAUUUCACAUCAGAUGAUCCACACAGGGGAGAAACCAUUCGAAUGCAUGGAGUGUGGAAAGAGGUUUACUAAGAGCUGUGGUCUUACUUCUCAUAAGAUGAUCCACACAGGGGAGAAACCAUUUGAAUGCAUGGAGUGUGGAAAGACCUUUGCUAAAAAAGGUAAUCUUAUUUCCCAUCAUAUGAUCCACAUAGGGGAGAAAUAUAAAUGCAUCGAGUGUGGAAAAACCUUUAGUAAAAAAAGCAGUCUUAUUUUCCAUCAGGUAAUUCACACAGGGGAAAAGCCAUUUAAAUGCAUGGAGAGUGGAAAGACCUUUGCUCAAAGUGGUCAUCUUAUUACCCAUUAGAUGAUCCACACAGGGGAGAAGCUUUGCAUGGAAUGUGGAAAGACCUUUGCUCAGAAUGGUAAUCUUACUUCUCAUAAAAGGAUCCAUGCUCAGGAGAAAUUAUAUAGCAAUAGCAAUUCAACUUUAUACUACUCCACAAUGCUUCACAGCACUGUCUUAACAGUUUACAAAGUAAGCAUAUUGUCACCAGGAAUCUGGAUCCUCAUUUUAUCAACCUCAAAGUGUGCAGCAGAGCUGGAGUAUGAGGUUGGACGGCGUGGCGAGGUGCCAUCCUUGCACCACCUCUUGCCUCACCUCAUGGCAGAAACACCAGCAGAGGAAGUGUUUGGAUACCAGGUCAAGUCGGGUGUUAUUCAGAUCACAUCCCACCUUGUCCCAAAACACGCCAGGAUAAUGUGCUUACAGUGGCUGCUGGAUAUGGAGCGGCUGGUCCCAUGCCUCUGCCUCUGCCUCCUGCAGCAGUCCCAGUUGCUGCAAGCAAGCAGCGAGCAUGUCGAGAGCAAAAAUCUGCCAGGGCCCCUUCCCCACGGCUACCAAUGUGACCCCGCCACCUUGCCCGCCUCCAUGUUCAAGCUGCUGAGUGCCAUCCUGCGUGUCUACUCGAUAUCGGCCUGGCACCUCUUCAAGCCAGUUGGGGGCUCUUCUCGUGCAAAGGGAGGAAGAGGAGGGAGAGACUCAUGCCCGGCCCUCCUGCGGCUUCAACUCCGUGUCCCAUGUUCCCCAGCCACCCUCUCCAUGUACAGAAACUCGAAGCCAUUUAAGAUCUUUGCAAGCCUAAAUUUUCUUUUGGGGGAAAAAAAAAAGAGCAGAAUAACUUGCAGGGAUCAGUCCUGCAGCCCCAGAAAUGGUCCCGUGAAGGAAAAGGCAUCCGGAGAGUCCUUGGAGCCAUUUGGAGUUGCUCUGCAGGACAGAGAAAGGAUGGAGACACAACCUUUUGGAAAGGAAGGAACCAGAAAAGGCCCUUCAGCUGCUCAGCCUGGGAGCUGUGGGGAGACCUGGACAAGAACUGGGCAGAAGAUCCUGGAAGAGGAAACUAUCCGCCCUUCAGAAGUUCAGCCCUGGAACUUCAUCCAAUACCAGGAGGCUGAGGGUCCCCGUGGACUUUGCAGCAGAGUGUAUGACUUUUGUAGGCGAUGGCUGAGACCAGAAAAGCACACCAAAGCCCAGAUGCUGGACCUGGUGGUUCUGGAGCAGCUCCUGGCUCUUCUGCCCCCAGAGAUGGAGAGCUGGGUGCGGGAGUGUGGAGCAGAGACCAGCUCCCAGGCAGUGGCCCUGGCUGAAGGCUUCCUCCUGAGCCAGGUGGAGGAGCAGAAGGAGCAGGUCAACUUGCAGUGCUGCACUGUGGAAAUCAGAGAUCCUGAGAGGAAGACAACUCCAUCGAAUCCCCCUCAGGAGCUAUUUUUCAGGAGGAUCCCUUGGGAAGAUCAUAGUGAGGACACAUCAGGAGAGAAACAAAGCAUGAAGUUUUCUGGUUUUUACGAUGGAGCUCAAACAGUGGUUGAACUGCCAAAUCAAGAGAGUCUUGUGUCCUUCGAUGAGGUGGCUGUGUAUUUGUCUGAGGAGGAAUGGUCUCAGCUGGAUCCUGACCAAAAAGUGCUGCAUUCAGAAGUCAUGCUUGAAAAUCAUAGGAAUGUAGUCAUGCUGGCUAAUAAUGGGCAGGAGAAUCAAGAUUCCUCUGAACUGUUCCAAGUGAUCAUUGUUAAAGAUGAAAUAGAGAACUUUGGAAUUGAAAUGGAACUAGAAACCCAUGAGAGAAACCAGUCAAAUGAUUGGAAUCAGGAAAGCUCAUCUUCCACUGUUGCUCCGAUGCAAGACUUUCUUGCCCAACAAGAGAAAAUAAGGAAAAAAUAUAUUGGAGAAAGUCUAAACGAACACAAUUUAACCCAGAACAAAGGAGAAGAUGCUAUAAGAAGACACAAUAGACAAAAUUACAAUGGGACAUUCAUUAAUUCUCUUGGAAAUAACUUCCUUAUAUCUCAAAACGUGUUUCACACAAAAAAGGAUCCUUAUAAAUGUUUGGAAUCUGGAAAACAUUUUAGAACUAACGGGCAACUUACUUCCCAUGAAAUGAUUCACACUGGGGAGAAACAGUAUUCAGAAGCACAUGUAGCCCACACAGCCCAGGUCCUCCAGGCAGCAGGAGAGAAACCCUAUAAAUGCACGGAGUGUGGGAAAACCUUUACUAAAAAAAGUACUCUUAUUUCCCAUCAGGUGAUCCACACAGGGGAGAAACCAUAUAAAUGCACGGAGUGUGGAAAGACCUUUGCUCAACGCAGUUAUCUUGCUUCCCAUAAAAAGUUCCACUUGGAAGAGAAACCAUUUAAAUGCAUGGAGUGUGGAAAGAUGUUUACUAAGACCAGUGCUCUUACUUCUCAUAUGAUGAUCCACACAGGGGAGAAACCAUUUGAAUGCAAGGAGUGUGGAAAGACAUUUGCUCAAAGAGGUAAUCUUAUUUCCCAUCAGAUGAUUCACACAGGGGAAAAGCCAUUUAAAUGCAUGGAUUGUGGAAAGACCUUUGUUCAAAGAGGUAAUCUUAUUUCCCAUCAUAUGAUCCACAUAGGGGAGAAAUAUAAAUGCAUGGAGUGUGGAAAAACCUUUACUAAAAAAAGCAGUCUUAUUUUCCAUCAGGUAAUCCACACAGGGGAAAAGCCAUUUAAAUGCAUGGAGAGUGGAAAGACCUUUGCUCAAAGAGGUCAUCUUAUUUCCCAUAAGAUGAUUCACACAGGGGAGAAGCCAUUUAAAUGCAUGGAGUGUGGAAAGACCUUUGCUCAACGCAGUUAUCUUGCUUCCCAUAAAAAAAUCCACUUGGAAGAGAAACCAUUUAAAUGCAUGGAGUGUGGAAAGAUGUUUACUAAGCGCAGUGCUCUUACUUCUCAUAAGAUGAUUCACACAGGGGAGAAACCAUUUGAAUGCAUGGAGUGUGGAAAGACCUUUGCUCAAAAAGGUAAUCUUAUUUCCCAUAUGGUCCACAUAGGGGAGAAAUAUAAAUACAUGGAGAGUGGAAAGAUCUUUGCUCAAAGUGGUCAUCUUAUUUCCCAUAAGAAGAUCCACACAGGGGAGAAGCCAUUUAAAUGCAUGGAGUGUGGAAAGACCUUUGCUCAACGCAGUUAUCUUGCUUCCCAUAAAAAGAUCCACUUGGAAGAGAAACCAUUUAAAUGCAUGGAGUGUGGAAAGAUGUUUACUAAGCGCAGUGCUCUUACUUCUCAUAAGAUGAUCCACACAGGGGAGAAACCAUUUGAAUGCAUGGAGUGUGGAAAGACCUUUGCUCAAAAAGGUAAUCUUAUUUCCCAUCAUAUGAUCCACAUAGGGGAGAAAUAUAAAUGCAUGGAGAGUGGAAAGACAAAGUGGUCAUCUUAUUUACAGUUAGAUGAUCCACACAGGGGAGAAGCCAUAUAAAUGCAUGGAACAUGGAAAGAUCUUUGCUCAGAAUAGUAAUCUUACUUCUCAUAAAAGGAUCCAUGCUCCGGAGAAAGUAUAUAGCAAUUUCACUUUACAUUUAGAAUAGAAUAGAAUAGAAUAGAAUAGAAUAGAAUAGAAUAGAAUAGAAUAGAAUAGAAUAGAAUAAUUUUAUUUCUAUACCGCCGUUCUCCUGAAGGACUCAGGGCAGUGUACAGCCUAUUAAGAACACAAGACAACAUCAGUUAAAAUUGUUUAAAAUUAUUAAAUGAAUUCGGCUCAAUUUAAAACCCCAGGAAUUUAAAACCCAAUUUAAAAUUGUUAUGUUGAUAGCCCAGCCUGGCGGAACAACAGGGUCUUGAGUGCACAACGAAAUGCCCUGAGGUUGGAGAUCUUACGCAUUUCCAGGGGCAGUUCAUUCCACAGGGCUGGGGCUCCCACAGAGAAGGCCCUCCCCCUGGGUGUCGCCAGCCGACAUAACUUGGCCGAUGGCACCCUGAGGAGACCCUCUCUGUGGGAGCGAACUGGCCGGUGGGAGGCUAUUGGUGGCAGAAGUCGGUCUCGAAGGUACCCAGGUCCUAAGCCAUGGAGCGUUUCCCAUUUCCAUAACAAGAGCACUUAGACUUACAGUACAGUGCUUUACAACCUCUCUAAGCAGUUUUAGAAAAUCAGCAUAAUGCCCCCAACAGUCUGGCUCCCCAUUUUACAGACCUUGGAAAGAAGGAUGGAAGGCUAAAUCAACCUUGAGCUGCUGAGACCUGAACUGCCAAAGUGCUGGCAGCCCGUGAUCAGCAAAAGUAGCCUGCAGCACUGCGUUCUAACUACUGUGCCACCACACCUCUUAUAUAUACCAGUCCACAAAGCUUUAGAGCAAUCUUUGAGCAGUUUACAAAGUCAGCAUAUUGUCCCCAGCAAUCUGGGUCCUCAUUUUACCAAAUUGAGAAAGAUUAAAGGCUGAAUCAACUAUGAGCCGGUCCCAUCGAACUCAGCUUUAGGCUGAGUUUGGAACUGGUUUUCUUUUUUCUUUCUCUUCAGAGUCUUUCUGCAGGUCACCUGGAGUGUUUAUCAGAAUUAGGGUGUCUGCCCUUUCUGCUUCCCCCCUUCAAUGUGAGGCUGAGUGAAUAAUUUGAGAAGG